AUGCUCAACGUGGUACUACCCUCUACCCGGUUUCCACCAGGCUGUCCACGAAACGUUCCGGAUGUACAUGAGGAGUUUGUCAAGUUCACUAAGGGUCAGGUCAUUGUGCAAAGUGCGGCGUAUCUAGAGAGGUUGGAAGCAAAUGGCUACCAUAUUGGAAUAUGCGCAGGAGCUCAGGCUGCGAGCUCUAUCAUCAUCCUCCUGGGCUUACAUGGUCCCUGUCGACACUCCAAGCUUAAGAGAUUCUCUCGACAUAUAGGAGCGUAUAUUACAAACCUGCUUCCAGGGCUCACCUUGCAGAGCUCAUUGCCAUUUCACUACUGCUGGGCGACUGAAUUUUGGGUUUCGGAUUCCGUUAUUGUGAAUUGCAGGCCGGUAGAACCUUCUCUCUUGUCAUGCAAAGCCUCACAGCCCCAUGCACGAGAUGGCUCGAUGAUGCUGUGCGUUGGUCUCCCUAUGACGUCUUUCGGGCCACUGUUCAAUACACUGGUGUCCACCUUGAAUGUUGCGGCGGCUCGAUUAGAGGCUCAAGCCGGAUUUAUCUGGAUUGACGCUGCGGUGGAUCCGAGCAACUUCACCAUCGAGUGGGAAAGUCCUACCGAGCCGGUCCAAGAUGGGCUGUUGAAAAUGCUUGACCAGAUUAAAAGAUGUUCCUGGCUGGUCAAGGCGAAGCUGACGGUCAAGCUCGACAGAUCCAGCGAGGCAGCCACGGUAAUUCUUACUGAGCUCCACGAGAUCUCUCAGAUACGGGUCACAUCUACCCACAAGCCAGUGACCCACUCAUGA